AUGUCGAUGACGUCCGAGAAAAAGGAGCAGAUCCAGCGUGCGAUUAUGAUCGCGAGUAUCUCUGGCAAACCGUUCGAGGACCUCAAGAUCUGGGCGUUCUCUCGACGCGCAAACACCGGAAUCGUCGACAAGCCGUGCGCCCUUUUUGCGAACACUACGAUGAUGCACAAAGCCACCGAUCACUUCAAGUAUGUUGCGCGCUUCGGAGGCUUGGAGGCGUACGACUAUGAGUCUGACAGCGACCUCGAAGAUGAAGACGACGAGGAAGACGAGAAUCUGGACGAAGCUAUUGAUUGGGGCGUGUUCACGCACGAUGCCAUUCUCGCCCGCGUGGGCGUAAAGGUCUCUGAAACGUCCACUGAGGCGCAUAAGAGUGACGAGACUCCGGAUGGUGACAAGGACGGAGAACCCUCUCAACUCAAUCCCAAAAGCGACGUUGCGAAGGUGACUAAGAGGCCGGGCAGGGUGAUUUACGUGGAUGACGUUGCGUGUCAGACACUGAAAGCCUUCAUCUUCUGGGCGUACUACGGCGAGCUUAACUUCAGAUCGCUGAAGUCCAUCAGGAAAAAACCAUUUGCACGGGAGCGCCGGCCCGAACUCGCGGAGACUCGCGUGCCCCGAGCGACGCGUGGGAGAUCUCCAGAGCACUCUGGAGCAACCACCGAUGGCCUCGAGGACACCUGA